AUGGCCAAUGAGGACAUCGACGAGAAUGAGGAGCCCUUUGCAAAGCCUACGCGAGCUAAGCGCACCCGAUCGGCCGCUCCACCCGCUCCACCCACUAAACAUCCGCAAGCCAGUGCGGAUGAUCCCAUGGCUGUUUUCUUCGAGGCCGCCUUCCCGAGUCCCUCAAAGUUCGACGAUAUGCUAAUGCAAUCCGGUGGCCUCCCCGAGGCGCGACGGAAUCACGGCCGUGGUCGUAGCCGACAACCUAAUUUAAUCCUUCCAGCUUCGAUUAUUCGACAUAGAUAG